GUACCGCCCGGGGCGCGGGCUGCUGCUCUACUACCAGUACGGCCUCGGCUUCUACCUCUCGGAGUGCUUCUCCCACCUCGCCGAUCGCGACAUCAAGCGCUCGGACUUUUUGGAGUACGUCAUCCACCACUUCGCGACCAUCGCCCUGAUCGUGCUCUCGCACUGCGCCUACGAGCACCGCUUUGGCGCCUACGUCCUGUUCCUCCACGACGCCAGCGACAUCAUGCUUGCGGUGAGCAAGGCCCUGAGCUACGUCGUGAAGGCCGCGGAGGAGAGGGAGCAGCGGGCGGCGAGGGACGGAGGAAAGCGCGCCGAGUCUGCGGAGGCCCCGGCGUCCCUCCUCUACAAACUCGUCUUCAGCGGCACGACGGUGCUCGUCUGCUUUGCCGCCUUCAUUGCGACGUUUUUCUUCUUCCGCCUCGUUUGCCUGCCGUCCCUCGCGUUGGCAACGGUGGGGCUUGCGGUGAAUCUGCGCAAGUGCACAUUGUGCUACUGGGUGUUGGUGUUUCUCCUGCAGGUGGUGCUGCAGGGGCUGCACGUGUACUGGUUUGCGCUGAUUGUGAGGCUGGCGGUUCGGACGAUUUUUGGUGGCCCGCUUGCGGACAUCCGCUCCGACGACGACGACGACGACGAGGAAAGUAACAGGGAUGGCGCCAGAGACGUGUGCCUUGCCGCGACGCCUUUGCCUGAGAAGGAAGUUUCAAUUGUUAGCAAGGAAAACUGA